GCGCGUAGCCAGUUGUAAUGUUUACAAUCGUCAAACAUGGCGGCGCCUCCCCGAACAGAUGAUUCUUUACAUGUCAACGGCGAGGCGCCAGGACAAACCAGGCCGCGGGAAUGGAUAAGAUUAAACGUGGGAGGCACACACUUUCUCACCACGAGAACAACACUCUGCAGGGACCCAGCGUCCUUCCUGUGCCGCCUGGUGCAGGAAGACCCGGAGCUCAGCACGGACAAGGAUGAAAGUGGUGCCUACUUAAUCGACAGAGAUCCUACGUACUUUGGUCCUGUGUUGAAUUAUUUAAGACAUGGGAAAUUAGUAAUAAACAAGGACUUAGCAGAAGAAGGUAUUUUAGAAGAAGCAGAAUUCUACAACAUCACAGAAUUAAUUAGGUUAGUUAAAGAGAGAAUCAUCCAAAGAGAUAACCGACCACCCAAAGCCAGCAAGAAACACAUGUACAGGGUCCUACAGUGCCAUGAAAAUGAGGUGGCACAGCUCGUCUCAACCAUGUCUGAUGGAUGGAAAUUUGAACAGUUGAUCAACAUUGGAUCUCAGUACAGCUAUGGAAGUGAAGACCACACUGAAUUUUUGUGUGUAGUCUCAAGAGAAUAUUCAACGUCAGGAUCCAAUCAGUGUGCUACUGAUCGACCAGACCAUAUUGACAUCCACAACUCCAAGGAUUGUAGGAAACUCAACUUUAUGUAUAAUUUAUCUGGAUCACCAUAGAGGCCUUCUCUUUGCUUCGUACCAACUGCCGAUGUUGUCAAAGCUAUGGGUUGAUGUGUUUGUACCAUGGAUAGUGGUAAAAAGCUGUUGAGCAUAAUCUUGAACUGAUAUUUCAAAUCCACAGCAUGUAUAGUAAGUUAACAGAAAUUUGAUAUCAUUUGGAUAUAUGCCUUUUCUGCAUUUCAAGAUCUCGUGCAUGCCUCAAGAAUAUACCAUUUAUUUUGUUAUUUCCACAUAAAAAAAAAUUAAGUUUAUCCCUAUCCUACCUCAUCCUUCAUCUAUCAUAUGAGGUGGUGUACUCAAUUUUCUGCAAGUAACCAUAUAUUAUUCAAAUUAUGCUCAAUCAUUAGUUCUGUGUAGCUACCUAACAUUACCACUUCCAUCGAGUCAACACUCACCAUAUGCUGCUUCAGGGUUACUCUAUGCCCAAUUCUCUGAUGUGCCUGAGACAGCUUGCCAGGUAUUGUCUCUAAUGAGUCAACACGCACAAAGUGUCGCUUUAGGAUUGCAAUAUGCACAGGUGUCUUAUGUGACCAAGUCAGGGUAACUUUUGAGCCUAUUUCUAUUUCUCACUGGGUUCAACUCUGUCUUGAUAUCAUAACAGGACAAACAGCAAAUGCUUCCAAAGUGGCAGUAGUUUUCAUACUCUUGCUUGCCUUACCUGUUAAUAUAGGAGGAAAAGUUUUGACUACAUUUUGUACAUUUAACAAACAUUUUGAACACUUUAAUCAGCCUCCUUCAACCAUGAAGCUAAUGUUAUUAUAUAAGUGGAAUAUUGUUAAGUGAUCUUUAUGAGCAUUUAACAGUAUUGUGUGUUUUCUAUGGAUAGAAUGUUGUUGAUAAAUUAUUAUGGUCCUAUUUUCUGUACUCAUCAUGUCACAAUUUUAAGCUGUCACCUGAGACACAUUAGUGCUUACACAUGAUCUGAAGAAAUUGUGGUUGCUCAAAAUCAAAGACUACAAUGACAUUUGACAAUUUUUUAAUAAUUUCAACAACAAUAAAACUAUAUUAAAAAUUGAUGUACAUAAUUUUUUAACAUACGUAUUGAGCCCUUGAUGAAAAUGAUGUGUAUAAAUUUAAUUGUUACCAGACCGACACUUUUUAGUAGUACACAUAUUUCAUUCAAUGUGUUCUAUAUUAGUGUUUUCUUACACCAUCAGCAGCUUUUAACUGUAUUACACAGAACAUAUUUGAAUUGCUAAAUUUCACUCCUGAGUAUCUAUAACUUUAUACACGUUUUUAAUGCCCUUCAGAAAUACUUUUGAGGUUUUGAUUAGUGUGUGUAUGUUACUUGAAAAAAUUAUUUUUAAGACAGUUUUCCAUUUUGAAAGUCUUAUACUACAUGCAGAGUUAGGACUUAUGUAGACACCUGUAAUUAUAAUUCAUCAUUCAUGUAUAGAAGUUCAUUGAUACAUUUAAAUAUGUAUGAUUGUUUAGAAUUAAUGAGAAAUUAAAUAUACAUGACCUUAUAAGCAUAUAGACUUCCUUCAUCUAUUCAUAAUUAUUGACUUUGAUACUGUUCUAUUUUUUUAAAACAAGCACUACUUCCCAAAUACUGGCCAAAGAUUUUGGUGGUAGUAUGCUCUUUGCAGAAAAGAUGUUUUCUUAGUGUUUUCUUGAAUCUAGUUGAAACAAUCCUCAGUGGAGGCAAAUAUUUACUUUUUUUUAUUUAUUUAUUUUUUUAUAGUUCCUGAUUACAACAAAAAAUAACUAUAAAUAAUCUAUAAAGAAAUUACUGAAUUCAUACAAACACGUUUAUUACUUUAAGAUUAAAUUGUCAUCAGUGAGGGAAACACAAAACUAGUUAGAGUACUGGUGGCUGUAGGUUUGAUAAUAUCUUCUGAGUGAGAAGUAAGUGCUGAAGCCUGGGAAUGCUAUCAACAGAGGUGGUUGUGAAUAAGGGCAUUUAAUCCUUUGGUAUUUGACAAGGAAAUAUUUUCCUUGAACUAAAAUAACUUUUCUAUUGACUGGAGAACUUGUUUCAAGGAGUUUCUCUUGAGAUUGCUCCCAGAGUGCUGCAUAUUCCACUGCAGAAGAUAACCUGUCCUAUUUUGGGGCCUAAAAGUCUGGAAAAUUCCAUGUGUAUAAACGUCAAUCCUGUUUCUUUUUUUUCUUUUUAGGAAUAACAUAUGAACAUCA